AUGUCCAGAAACAUCAAAUUGGUCCCGACAUCCGCCUACGACGAGGUGGUCCGAACCGUCCAGACCUACGUCCAGGCCGUCGCAAAGGCAGACCGCGCCCUCCUCGACCUCGCCUUCCACACCGACGCCACCAUGACCGGCUGGGCGCCCGCCGACGGCACGCUCUCCUCGGGCUCUUACAGAAACCUGCACGCCUUCUUCGACACCUACGGCCCCGGCCCGUCCACCAAGGCGAGGUGCGACGUCCUCGCCAUCACGCCCACGACCGCCGUCGUCAGGGUCGACAUGGAGGACACCCCCGACGGCCCGCCCUACACCGACUUUCACACGCUGAUCAAGGUCGAAGCGGGGUGGAAGAUCAUUGCGAAGGUGUUCCAUGCCUACGAGUCGUAA